CAGAACCGGAGUCCGGAGAUCGCAAACAUAACAUCAGUACCACUCGACUCUCAAGUCAAGGAGAACACUGCCUUAGUGUCUAGUGCCUAAUUCCACCCUCUCUCUCUCUCUCUCUCGCUCUGAGUUUCAGUCUCUGUCAUCGCCACACUAUCGAAAAGCUGUAACCAAAACCAGAAUCCCUGGAACGCCACGAGGAAGGACGGAGCACCGCCCUCUGUCUCUGACAAUCCGGCCAGAAAAAUGUCCCUCUGCUUCGAAACAAAACCCUUAGUCGCCACGUUUGUCGCCUUAACGUUGGUCAUGGCCAUCUGGAACCUCCAACCCAUCUACAACUUCUUCUCCACCACCCGCCCCUGCUACGCUACCAUUACAACCCCACCGAAUUCCUCCACCCACCAAUCUCCUUACAAGAAGUUUUCCACCUCAAACAUCGAUCCAAACAAGCGUCUCUUCCAUUCCUACGGCAACGCUGCCUCUCUCUUCGUCCAAAUGGGUGCCUACCGCGGUGGCCCUAGCACCUUUGCCGUAGUCGGCCUCGCCUCAAAACCCCUACACGUCUACGGUCGCCCCUGGUUCAAAUGCGAGUGGCUCUCCAACUCCAACUUGUCCACCAAAGCCAAGGCCUACAAAAUGCUUCCCGACUGGGGCUACGGCCGCGUAUACACCGUCGUCGUCGUCAAUUGCACGUUCUCCAUCAACCCGAAUGCCGACAACACCGGCGGCAAGCUCCUACUCUAUGCUUACUACAGCCCUUCCCCUAAACGUUACGAAAAGAUAAUCGCUUUAUCAGAAAAAUCAGGGUCGUACAAUGAAUCCAAGUACAACCCACCCUACCCAUACUCGUACCUCUACUGCGGUUCCUCCCUCUAUGGCAACCUGAGCGCCGCUAGGAUACGAGAGUGGAUGGCAUACCACGCGUGGUUCUUCGGACCGCGCUCACAUUUCGUGUUUCACGACGCAGGAGGGGUCAGACCGGAAGUGAGGGCGGCACUGGAGCCGUGGGUGCGGGCAGGGCGGGCCACGGUGCAGGACAUUAGGGACCAGGUAGAGUUCGACGGAUACUAUUAUAACCAGUUCUUGGUGGUCAAUGACUGCUUGCACAGGUACAGACAUGCUGCGAAUUGGACGUUUUACUUCGAUGUGGAUGAGUAUAUAUAUUUGCCGGAUGGGAACACAUUGGAAUCGGUUUUGCAGGAAUUUUCCGAUUAUACCCAAUUUUCGAUUGAGCAGUAUCCCAUGUCCAGUAACCUCUGCUUGAAUGAUUCCACGCAGAAUUAUUCCAAGCAAUGGGGAUUCGAGAAGUUGCUAUUCAAGGAAUCGCGAACCGGGAUUUGGCGAGACCGGAAGUACGCGAUACAGGCCAAAAACGCUUACGCCACCGGCGUCCACAUGUCGGAGAAUGUGAUCGGGAAAACGCUACACAAGACCGAGACUAAGAUCCGAUACUACCACUACCACAACUCUAUAUCGGUACAAGGCGAGCUGUGCCGGAAAUUGCUCCCUGUUUCGGCGAAAAACAAUGUUACGUGGAUCGACGACCUUCCAUACGUAUACGACGAUAACAUGAAGAAACUGGCUGAUAAGAUCAAGCAAUUCGAGCAGAAGGCGAUCGGAGCUGUACACGUGUAGAAAAGAAAUUGCGGACCAGGUUCCCAGUUCUCAGGAUCUGAUAUGAUGGAGACUGAAGUGGGCCCGAUAUGAAAAGUUGAAAACAAGUAAAAACGAAAAGGAAGGGCUUCUAAAGAUGACGUUUUCAUUUGUUUAAAUUACUUUUAAUCAUAAAAGAAAAAAACUAUUAUUGUUUUGAAUCCAAGAAAUUGUUAAUUGUUGAGCUGGGCCCGUAUGAUUUGGGCUCUGGAUGAUCUGGCUGGUCAAGUGAACAUCUAUAUAUGUCAGCAGUUAGCAAUGGAGUUUGGAUCUCCUACAUCCACAAAAGCCAUUUCAAUCUUAAAUUGUGGGCUUGUUGGGCUCAAAAGGCCUGAUUAAUAUAUGUAGUUUUG